AUGAGCGAUAACGACAAAGGAUACGGCGAGCAGGUAUGUGUGAAGCGCGUAAAUUGUUGAAAAUUGUGUCAUAUAAUGGAGCUAAAGUCUGACUGACGCGUUUAAUACACUGACCGACUGACUGUCCUCACGUUGUGUUAGCUAAUGUUAGCUAGCUUGCUCAAUUUUCCUUUCGAUACCUGCAACUUGAUUAUCAUCGACAUCUCAUAAUCCAGUCAGCAUGGCUAGUUACUUGAGUGUGCAUAUAUAACUUUCAAUCGCCCGGGGUUAGCCAUAUAGUUAUAGCCAUGGUAUUCCUUUUAGUGAGUUUGUCGUUGUUAGCAACCUAACGCUGACUUUAGCUCGACAUGAGUUGCUAACGUUAACCGUGCCCUGGGUAUCUGUGUAAGGAGAAACUGUAAAUUCAAUAUUGUGCUGAUGCUAACCUCAGCCAAUCAACCAACUAUGUUUAAAAAAUCUCUUGAUACUCAAAGUCAUUUAUGGGCUAUACUUUGUCAAUGUGAUCAUGUGUAAUACAGAGGUUUUAUUUGUAAAGGGUUUUAAACUUUACUUAGAUGCAACAGAUGAUCUGUAGAAACAGAAAGACUAUUUUUAUCGUCGAUGGUAACGAGAAUUUAAUGCUCAGUAUAUUUGGAAUUGUGUGAGAGUCUUUACAUUCAGUAUAAGCUCAUUCACAGCAGUACUUAUGGUUAGAUCUACAUUGUUGUGAAUUGAGUCAGGUCAUGGUGUUUACCGCCAUACUGAGUACUACAAUUGAUGUUAAGAAACAAACACAAUAGUUCCUAUUUCUUUUCGUUUUACCACAAGACCGGCCUCAAGAUUUCUGCUCUCUCAUUUGCACAACAAGCUGAAUUAAACUUUGUGUGACCCCCCCACCAGUCACCUGAACUUACAUGUAAGUUAACACAAUUUGCAAAAUCUGGACCCUAUAGCCUGGAACCAAGGCACAAUAUCCUGUUAGUUAACCACAGUAGAAGAAGUGUGAUGAAUUUGGGGUGAAAAAUAGCACUGUUGGACGUAGUCUUACAGUUUGGGUAUUAAAAACUAAAUGCUUUACAGUAAAACUGCUUUGCUGAAUUGGCCAGAACUUUGCUACUCCCAACAGUGCCUGUGUCUUCUUUUUUUGAACAAUUGACAAUUUACAUCUUCCAUAUUUAACAUAUUUGGCUUUCUAGCCAUAAAUGUGCAAAAAACAGAAGUAUUUACAAUCAAACAUGUACUAUUAUUAGCAUGGCAUAAAAACAAUAUAAGAAAAUAAGAAUACAAGUGAAAAACAAUUCUAUAAAAUAAGGUUUGGGGAUGAAUUAAGAACCACUACGAUACACCCCCUCCCACCCAGUCUCUCCUCUAUCAUAUACAAAUCAUAAAUUGACGAACCAGUGUUUUCUGAAUUCAGAAAGUAUCAGUGCUUGUGAGGCUAGUUAAAACAAAUGUAUGAGCAGCAUCUUGAGGCCAUUGGUCAUAUAUUAGAUAUUUAGGCAAACGUAAAACUUUGACUCUUCAAAAUUGGUUAGCAUUGGGGUUUUAUUGUGGGAAAGAAUCACUAACAGUGGUCUGAUACACACUUUAUUGAUUCAUGCAGCCAUGUAAAAACAAAUUUAAAGGAUGAUGUAUUGAAGAACAACAGAAUUAAGUUUUUGGUAGUCAUAUUUUCAAACUUGUCAAAUGUUUGCACCCAUUGCAAAUGCUUGCAACUUGUCACACUGAAAGUUGCUGAUGAAAUAAAGCUGUAAAUUUCAAACCACUGUAAGUGAAACACUUUGGGUAUUUAUUGUGUGGUCUUAAACAUUCCAAUGCAUGUCAUAACUUUUGAAAAUUGAAAUGAAAUGGAAAAAGUUGAAUGAGGGUUAAGUUUUUAUUGUCGUCAUAUAUUCUUCAUCCUUUUCUUUUUCAUUAAGGUUAAGUUCGGACGAAGAAAAUGCAGAAGAAGUCUCACAUCCACUUAAUUUUCAAUAUUAUGAAGCUCUGAUGUGUGAAGCUCAAUUGUUUGGUGCAUGCUAAAACAUGAGGAGGGAAGAAGUGUGGGCUGUGUGUGAGAUGGGGGAAGUAAGAAGAAGUAAGACAAUUGAAGAAAGAAGAAUAAUGUGAAGUAAUGAAGUUACUGAAAUGAAGUUAAGGAAGAAAGUAAUCUGGAUAAGGUCACCACUCUAAGUAAUUUUCUGGUCUAUUUGUCAUAUGCGUGCAUGUUUUCUUUGCUGACUACAACACACUAGAUUCAAUUAUCACAAUUUCUACACAACUGAUAAGUUUUAAUAUGUUGACAUGUACUUAUAAACAUACUAAAUGUAAUGAUAUUUUAUCAUUUAAAGCUACAAAAAUAGAAUUAACCUGCAUUCCAAAUCUACACUCCUAAUUUCUAUUCUUUCUCUACCUCUCACAGGGUAGUAUUAAUUCUUUGCUACAUAAAAUAUUUUAGGUACAUUUUUAAAUUGAACCACUGGUCUGUGCUAAAAACUCUUGUCCUGGUGUGUGUGGUUCGUUCAGGAGUCUCGCUCUGCAUCCAGGAGCCUCAGUCCACGGGGCUCCGGGAAGUCGGCAAGCCGCUCCCCAGCCCGCUCUCCUGCACGUUCAAAAGAAGGAUCCCGUCACUCUCGCUCCAAGUCUCAUUCUCGAUCGAGGUCCAAAUCCAGGUGAGUGAGUGAUACCGUUUUAAAGCCUUUGGUGACAAAACACAUCUUUAACUGUAUUUUGAUAUUUCUUUGACCUGAAAAAUGAAUUCCAGUGACAGAUUUUGACUGAACUGUCUCUAUGGGCUCUAGAUAAGGGAUAUUUGCAUACCUAUGCUUUAAAGCAUCUAAUCAGGAUGGAGAUACUUUUCAGUUAUCAGCUGGAAAAUGCAGAGGAAGCUGUUCCCUUUUGUUAAGUUGUAAACAAACAUUACUUCAUACCUACUAAUAUUUGCACUCUGUCCAUCCUCUUGUCACAGAUUUGGUUCUCCUCCUCUCAUCUGUAAAUUAAAAUGUCUGUUUUCCUCCAUUUGUUUAUGCAUUUAAGUUGAGUCUAAAAAUAUUUUUUUUCCCAGUAAAAUUUUCAUAUCUGAAGCCCAUCUUUUUGACAAAUGUUUGAAUGACUUAAUAAUUUAUCAGGAUAACUCCUCACAGAUAACUAGAUGAGUACUGUCAAUGUUGUGGUGGUGGUUGUUGGUUGUAGCACAUCUGCAGGAGUAGCUGUGCUUUUCCAUUGUCAAUGUCUUAACCUUUGCUGCAUGUAUUUUGCUGUAAUUAAAUUUUUUUUAUGUAAUGAUUUAACUAAUUUGUUUAUUUAUUAUUUGAAUUCUUCCUCUUCUUAUCAUUAUUAUUAUUAUUUUAGCCUUUUAUUUAUUUACUUUUAUAUUUUCUUCUAUAUAUCAAUAUCAUUACCAUAAUUAUUAUUAAUAUUUUUAGGGAUGUAGGUAAGAAUUAUGGGGUCUGUUCUGGGAGGGGGUAGGGUUGGGGUGAAAUUUGAAGUUCUAUUGCUGUUAUUGAAGUUGUAUACUGUUUAUGAAAAAAUGUUAAUGAGUCAAUUGCAAAAAAAAAAAAAUAAUGUCUCAGUCUCAGCCAUACUAACUUCUGUUUGAUAGACAGGAACAAUGUAGGCCCACUGAAAGCAAACUGACACAGUUGAAAAUGUGCCCCCUACUCUGCUGGUUUGCUGCCAGGAGCAUGUAGUCAUACAAGCCAGGCUAACAGUGCCGCUUUUCAAAUCUUUUACCGUCAAAAUAGCAUAAUCCACCAUUCUAUGCUGGUAUCAAAGUUAAGCAGGCUUGUGGUAUGCCGUUUGGAUUGAAAAUACAAGUCUGGAUGAGUUUAGCCAAAUCAGUGUCUUGCAGUGGGUCUGUCCUUUGGGAUUGCAGGAGGACCUACACACCAGUAACCUUCACUGUAGGAAUGAAACUUGUCAAAGGAGGGCUGGGUCAAACCGUUCUCUUCUGAUUUAGGUGUUUACAUAGAGCUUUUGUCUGUUCAGGCUAUUCAGGUCAGUGGUGGUCCAUUUAGCGUUAUUUUAGUCUUGUAGCAACUAUGUGGGUUAAAAUGACUCUUCACAGGUCUCAUUCUCGUUAUGGAUCCCGCAGACGCUAUAGCAGAUCUCGCUCCCGCUCCAGGUCCUACCGCCGCAGAUCACACAGCAGGUCCUACAGUGGAGAGCGCCGACGCAGGAGCCACAGCCGCUCGCCCAUGUCCAACCGUCGCAGACACAUUGGCAACCGUGUAAGUGUGGAGUGAAAUGUAUGCAUACAUAGCUAUGUUUUUGGUUUUGUAUGAAUAAUAAGUUGCAUAAGAUCAUAGCAGGAACGUCAUCUCCUUGAAAUUGCAGGCUAAUCCAGAUCCUAACACCUGUUUGGGAGUUUUCGGCCUGAGUUUGUACACCACAGAGAGGGAUCUGAGGGAAGUCUUCUCUAAAUACGGGCCCCUGGCAGACGUCUCGAUUGUGUACGACCAGCAGUCCAGGCGCUCUAGAGGCUUUGCUUUCGUUUACUUUGAAGGCAAAGAUGAUGCUAAGGAGGUACGGGGAUAUAAGCAGACAAAAAUCCAGCUUUAAGUCUUACUUUUUGACUCUUCAUGAUCUUAACCAAGUAAUUGUGUAUUCAUUCACUGUCAGGCAAAGGAAAGAGCGAAUGGCAUGGAGCUGGAUGGCCGUAGGAUCAGGGUCGACUUCUCCAUCACAAAAAGACCUCACACCCCAACCCCUGGAAUCUACAUGGGUCGGCCCACAUAGUAAGUGAUCAAAAUCACACUGAGAAGAAUGCUUGAAACUCAAAGUGGUCAUUUCCUGUUAGAGGACUUUUUUGAACUAUCUUGUAAAACAGUGUAAAAGUUAAUGUCUUACCAGACAAGUAUCGAGGAUUUUUAGUUAUCUGGGUCAUUGUGUUACCUAAUCUACCACUUAACUGCUCUUGAGUCAGCAUCAACAUUAUCAUAAGACUGACAGCUUUAUAUUUAUUUCCUUUGGCCUACUGCAUGUUUAUCUAAAGAAAACAAGUUCUGGGUAGGUAAAAGAAAUCAUGAAGCAGUGGGGGUAACCAUUCCUCUCUCUCCACAAUUUUUUGUGUUUUUUUUAUCAACAGUCAGUCACUCAGCCUGUCAGUCUUUGCCCAUGUGAAGUCAAUCCUAUACUGAUGUCAAAAAGACAAAUUAAUAAACUGGAGGAGAGAUCUUACAGCUUCUUAGUGCAUUCUUGUUUAAAACUGCAAAAUACUGAAUCAGAAAUUAAGAUUUUCAAAAAGCUAGGAAAUGUUUUUUUAUUUUUUUUUUGUAGGCUAUCUAGACAUGGCUGAGCAGUCCCACUCAAACAGAAUGUUAGAUGCAGAUUUUUAACUCUAUUUUAUUUGGAGUACCUUUUGCUAAAACAUGAACAAAAACCUGAAGUGAUAAGAAAGUAGAAAUUACAUUUCUAAAACAUAAACUGACUUCUGUGCAGCGGUGGAGGUGGCCCCAGUGGUCCACGACGCAAUUCACGUGACUAUGACCGAGGAUAUGACCGUGGGUACGACAGAGGCGGUUAUGAUCGCUAUGACGACAGGGACUACUACAGAUCAUACAGGUGGGUGUCUUGAGUGUUUUAGGUGCAGUGCUGCACACGCACGAUGGCUGUCCAUUUACACUAUUUCCUUGGCUCAUUUAGAUGAGAAAAUAAAAAUGACAAACUACUAAUGUUUUCUUGUUCCAGAAGGCGAUCUCCAUCACCAUACUAUAGAGGGGCUUACAGGUCUCGCUCCAGAUCACGGUCCUACUCUCCACGUGAGUCCUACUGUAGAUAUUAACAGUUUUAAUUCAGGAACUCAACAGGUUGCAAUGUGCUGAACGGUGAAUCUGUUUUGUCUUCCAGGUCGUUAUUGA